CGGUCAGCCAGGACGGGGGGCCGGCAAAGAGGAUGGCGGCAACGGCGGGGCUGAGCCUUGGUGGGGCAACGGCGGCGGCGGCAGGAGCAGCAGCUGCCCGAGCCUGCCCCGCGGCCGGCAGGAUCGCCUGGAAGGACUCGACGCGGUGGAAGCGCCGCCGCAGCCCCGGCGAGGCGAGCUGAGCUGAGCGCAGCAGCCCUCUCGGCCGCCGGUCUUCCUCUUCCCGCCCCUCCGCGCUCGGACGGGAAGGGCAGGCGGGCGCUUGGCUGGCCCCCAGGCGGCGGAACCACAGCGGGGGGAAGGGGGGCAGAGAGAAAGACGACGACGAGGAGGAGGAGGAGGAGGAAGAAGCAGCGGCAGCGGCGGCAGCAGCAUGGGCGCCAAGCAGAGCGGCCCGGCCGCCGCCAAUGGCCGCACUCGGGCUUACUCCGGCGGGGAUUUACCUUCGAGCAGCGGCGGCGGCGGCGGUAACGGGACUGGCGGGCGGCCGAUCGGCGGCGGGGGACGGUACACGCACCUGGCGUCGGGAGCGCACCACGCGGCCCCGGCGGCGCCCCGGAGCCGGUCUCUGGGCGGGCCGGCCGCCUCCGGCGGGGCUCGAGCCGCGCACUCCGCCUUCAGCAUCCCCAACAGCAGCGGCCUCUACGGCUCCCAGGACUCGGUCAACAGCACCCCGGAGGACGGCGGGCGGGAGCGGGCCGCCGCGGGAGGAGGAGGAGGCGGGCACGGCGGCGGGAGCGGGGGCCCCCGGCUGGUCAUCGGCUCCUUACCUGCCCACCUUUCGCCUCACCUGUUUGGAGGAUUCAAGUGCCCUGUUUGUUCCAAGUUUGUAUCUUCAGAUGAAAUGGAUUUACAUCUUGUGAUGUGCUUGACAAAACCAAGGAUAACCUACAAUGAGGAUGUGCUGAGUAAGGAUGCUGGGGAGUGUGCAAUAUGCCUGGAAGAGCUACAGCAAGGGGAUACAAUAGCACGAUUGCCUUGUCUAUGCAUAUACCAUAAAGGAUGCAUAGAUGAAUGGUUUGAAGUGAACCGGUCUUGUCCUGAGCAUCCUUCAGAUUAAUGGUGGAGGUUUCUGUUUUGUAGUCUCUUACACUGAUCAACAGAUAUAAAGGAUUUGAAGUUCUGUCUUCAGAAGUUGAUUUGAAACUGGGCUCGUGUUCAUUUUGGACCGGAAAGGUGGAGAGGGAACAUUGCACAGAGCACAUCCCGCAGUGUACCAAGAACUUGCCUAAAGGAGACACAGGGAUUCUGAAAAUGCUGCACAUUCAGGAACAAUCCUCUUCCUUUAUGGACUUUAUGGACAACAUUUUGUAUCUACAGGCCAAAGUUACUAAUUUUCAGUUUAAUUUUUUAAAAGCUAUCUACAGAAGCAGGAUAUUGUCGCAUCCUUUCUUGAAUGGAAGCUGUGUGCUCUAGAUCAACACUCUGGAACAUUUGCACAAGGAAGAUGCCAUUCUUGGGUUAGAAACUCUCUGCCCUCCCCCC